AUAGACAUCUUAUGUACUAAGCAGAGAGGAUGAGGAAACUGAUGCAGUAGUUUCUAUCUGUUGAGCUGACCCAGUUAUUCGGUGCACAUCUUGGGUUGAGAAAUUUUCGUUACCAAGAAAAAUAAAAUGUUUCUAUCUAUUUGACGCUUUUAAUGUGUUCGUCAUUCUAUUUUUCAUUUUGACCUGCCCAAUCUAGACUACUUAGUCCCAUUCGCACUCUAUACAGGAAGAAUGAGUGAAUGGCCUUCUGUCUAAUGGCCUUGGUCAGCUAACCUGACAGACUAGAUAAAUGGCUACCCAGAUGCUGAGAGUUAGCCUCUUUGGUUUGUGUUUGUAGUUGUACUAUCUUUUCUGCGUACAUAUGGGUCAAGGAAAUGAGCUUCUGUGGUGGUGGUGUUCGGAAAUUUGUUUAUGUGUUCGUUACUUUUAGCACAUUUCGAGUUUCAACCUGUAAGUCCCAAGCCUGUGUCGCUAGGUGCUACAAGAUAAGCUCACGACUGGGUCAACCCAUGAUAACUCAAGAUUUCUGGAUCUCUUGUCAAAACGCACCCUUUACACAAAGAGGUACCAAUCAAAUCGCGGACCUAAUGAGGUCCACAAUUUUAAUUUGGUGUGUUUCACAGCGCGUUUCCACAACUUUAUUCAAAAACAUUUGCAAGGUUAGUCAAUAAUAUUGAUUUAGUACCUAUUCAUAAUCCAUACAGCAAAGCUAUCCAUUUGUGAUUUCUGAUGACUUGGCCCAAUGAGAGUCAGCCUGUCUGAAACACUGUUGUGCCACUGCCAUAAAUGGACUACUAAGAAUAUGGAAGGCUAUAAUGGCCACCUCUCUCUAUCUUGCUUUUUAACCUCUUCUCCACUAUCACCAGUCCUACUUAGUGGACAAAGAGAACCAUCUUUUUCAUUUUCUUCAUCAUCUCUGCACUUGCCAAUACGUACUGUGCUCUCUUUGUGUCAAUUGCAUGUGAUUUUGGGACAAUUUUAAGCCUCUUUGCUGGUGCUCCUGUUGGUGGGUCUGUAAUGGCUCUCUGUGCAUUUUCUUUCCCUGCUCAAAUCAACAAGGCAUGCCUUUUGGAUUCUCAGAAGACCAGUUCUUUAUCUUCUCAUUUGUUAUGUGGACCGGAUCUGUUCUGCCUGUCUCUAGACAGACUCAAUCAGUUGCAGCCGGGGAAAAGGCCAAAAGGGGUUUGUGCAUCACUGUCAGAAAUGGGAGAGUAUCAUUCUCAAAAACCACCGACACCUCUCCUGGACACCGUAAACUAUCCAAUUCACAUGAAGAAUCUAUCUAUGAAGGAGCUGAAUCAACUUGCAGAUGAGCUGCGUUCCGAUGUCAUAUUUAAUGUCUCCAAAACUGGGGGUCAUUUAGGCUCUAGCCUUGGUGUCGUGGAACUCACUGUGGCACUUCAUUAUGUGUUCAAUUGUCCUCAAGACAAGAUACUAUGGGAUGUUGGUCAUCAGACUUACCCCCACAAAAUCCUUACUGGAAGAAGGGAUAAGAUGAGCACAAUAAGACAGACAAAUGGGUUGUCCGGAUUCACGAAGCGUUCGGAGAGUGAAUAUGAUAGCUUUGGUGCUGGUCACAGCUCCACUAGCAUCUCUGCUGGCUUAGGGAUGGCUGUGGGAAGGGAUUUAAAAGGUAGAAAGAACAAUGUUAUUGCAGUAAUAGGUGACGGUGCCAUGACAGCGGGACAAGCUUAUGAAGCCAUGAAUAAUGCAGGGUACCUGGAUACUGAUAUGAUUGUCAUCCUUAAUGACAACAAACAGGUUUCUUUGCCCACAGCUACUCUCGAUGGGCCCAUUCCACCAGUAGGAGCUUUGAGCAGUGCUCUUAGUCGGCUGCAAUCAAACAGGCCUCUCCGAGAACUGAGAGAGGUUGCAAAGGGAGUUACCAAGCAAAUCGGUGGACCGAUGCAUGAACUGGCAGCCAAAGUUGAUGAAUAUGCUCGGGGGAUGAUCAGUGGUUCUGGCUCUACAUUGUUUGAAGAGCUUGGACUUUAUUAUAUUGGUCCUGUUGAUGGCCACAACAUUGAUGAUCUUGUUUCCAUUCUCAAAGAGGUGAAGAGUACAAAGACGACAGGUCCAGUCCUAAUACAUGUUGUCACGGAAAAAGGUCGUGGAUAUCCAUAUGCAGAGAGGGCUGCAGACAAGUAUCAUGGAGUAGCAAAGUUUGAUCCAGCUACGGGAAAUCAGUUGAAAGCAAGGGCUCCUACGAAGUCUUACACAACUUAUUUUGCCGAGGCUUUGAUUGCUGAAGCGGAGACAGAUAAAGAUAUCGUUGCAAUUCAUGCUGCAAUGGGUGGUGGAACAGGAUUGAAUCUUUUCCUUCGCCGCUUCCCCACAAGAUGCUUUGAUGUUGGGAUAGCAGAGCAGCAUGCCGUUACUUUUGCUGCAGGGUUGGCUUGUGAAGGCAUCAAACCUUUUUGUGCAAUAUACUCAUCCUUCUUGCAGAGGGCAUAUGACCAGGUGAUACAUGACGUCGACCUACAGAAGCUGCCUGUAAGAUUUGCAAUGGACAGAGCCGGACUGGUCGGUGCAGAUGGUCCAACACAUUGUGGGUCGUUUGACGUCACUUUCAUGGCAUGCCUUCCUAAUAUGGUUGUGAUGGCUCCUGCUGAUGAGGCAGAGCUUUUUAACAUGGUUGCUACCGCUGCUGCCAUAAAUGAUCGGCCUAGUUGUUUCCGAUAUCCAAGAGGUAAUGGGAUAGGCAUUCAGCUUCCCCCAGGAAACAAAGGGAUUCCACUUGAGGUUGGGAAGGGAAGGAUAUUGAUUGAAGGGGAGAGAGUAGCACUAUUGGGAUAUGGGACAGCAGUUCAGAGCUGUUUAGCCGCUGCCUCUCUGGUUGAACCUCAUGGCUUGCAGUUAACCGUUGCAGAUGCACGAUUCUGCAAGCCAUUGGACCGCACCCUCAUUUGCAGCCUAGCAAAAUCGCAUGAAGUGUUGAUUACAGUAGAAGAAGGAUCAAUUGGUGGCUUUGGAUCUCAUGUUGCUCAGUUCAUGGCGCUUGAAGGUCUUCUCGAUGGUAAAUUAAAGUGGAGACCACUUGUUCUUCCUGAUAGAUAUAUCGACCAUGGAUCGCCAGCUGACCAGUUGGCCGAAGCCGGUCUCACUUCGUCCCACAUUGCAGCCACAGUGUUCAACAUACUUGGACUAAAAAGGGAGGCUCUAGAAACCAUGUCAUUGAGAAACUGAGAGUGCAUAGCGAUUUCACGUUCCCCCGACAAUGUAAAUAUCUUGUAAUUUUUGUUUCGAAGACUUACCACAAGAGAACAUGUGGCCCAGUGGUGUAACCUAGAGGUCAUAGAUUCAAUUCCUAUAAAAAACAUCUUCACAUAUUAUGUCCGCGACCCUACUUACUAUGGGAGCCUUGUAUACGAGAGUUGGUUUACCUAUAUUAGUGUAAAACUUUUGCACAUACCAACCAUCUCAUGUAGCAGCUUCACUAUCUUGAUUACAAUGUAAUUAAAUUUCUUCUGUCUUUCAUAUUCAA